UCCUCCUCCUCCCCUUCCCUUUCCAUCUCCACCGCUGCUCUACCAAAUUUCCAUCUCAAACCCUAACUUUCCGAUUUUAUCGCCGGCCCCUGUUUCGAACCUCCUCGGCUUCGGCGGAGGAGGAUUCCUUCUUCAUCGUCCCAUAAUUCAUGCGGCGGCGGCGCCCUGCAAUCGCCCUCUGUGAUCGCCUCGACACCCCCUCGGAAUCCAUGGCGAUUCCAGACGGAGGAGGCGAUGAUUUUGACGUAUUACGAUGCUCCACCCCUCUCACCGUCUCCUGGCAUCGCUGCCUCAAGCGGAAGCUGGACGAGAGGGACUCAGGUGCCCGUUGCCUCUCUUUCUUCACCGGCGAAGACGGUGGCAACGAGAAUGGGUUUGCUAGGGUUGACAUAGAGAACGAGGCGGCGGCCCUGAGGGAGGCACUAGCCAGCCACAAGCAGUCCGUUGAGAAGCUCCUCUCAGAGCUGGAGGAGGAGCGGAACGCCUCAUCGUCUGCGGCCACCGAAGCGAUGUCAAUGAUUAUCCGGCUCCAGCGCGAGAAGGCGGAGGCGCAGAUGGAGGCGCGCCAGUUCCGCCGUCUCGCCGAUGAGAAGAUGGCCCAUGACCAACAGGAGAUCGCCGUCCUCCAGGAUCUCCUCUUCAAGCGCGACCAGACCGUGGAAGCCCUAAACUGUGAGGUCCAGGCAUACCGCCAUCGCCUCCUCAGCUAUGGCAUCGGCGUGGACGACGGUGACGAGCCUCCCUCUGAGCCGCAGACACCUGACACGGCCACCACAACGCCCACCCGCGCUGCUGCCGGCUCCCAAUUCGAUGCCCUCCCUCGUGACUAUCCGGCAUUGCGGUGCGCCGAUGAUUCCGCCGCCGACCUCGACAAGUACAACUCUGGAGAGAUCCCCUGCGCCGCUGAUUCACCCCGCGGGCCGUUUCGCCCGCGCAUUCACCAGUUCGAGCGGGUGCAAAGCGGAAGCUUUCGCAGUUUCAAGGACAAAGGCGUCGUGGUGAGGCAGUCCUCGCGUCGGUGGUCGAGCCAUGUCAGGAGCUUCUCCUACGGAAGCUUCAGCUCUGGCUUGGAAUUCCCAGUCGACGACGCAUCCGACUGUGGCGCGAGAGACGACAUCAGCGACAGAGUCUACACCGUGGACGCUGUGCACGGAGCGACAGAGGACUACGUGAGCACGCCGAGGGAGCUCCAUGGCAAAAGUGGAAUCGAGGAUGAAGCGCAAGAAGCGGAAUUUAAGAGACUUUACUUGAGGCUGCAGGCCCUCGAGGCGGAUAGAGAGUCGAUGCGGCAGAGUUCGAUCUCCAUGGGCACGGACAAAGCUCAAAUUACACUUCUGAAAGAGAUCGCGCAACAAAUGUGCAAAGAAGUGGCAACUGAAAGAAAGGUGGUGAAGAGGUCGUCUUCCAUCAAGAAGUCCUCUUCACUUAUGUCAACGGUUAAGAAUGUCAUCUCAAUUGUUUUGUGGAGGAAAAGGUCAUCUCGUGUCAAAUUUACGUUUGGGUUAUCGUCAAACAAUGCCGGAUUAGUACUACUCUUGGAAAAAUCUUCUCCCCGUUUGAGGCACAAGAGGCUCCUCACAAAAGCACAGGGCUCAGGGAUGAGUCCUAAGCAUCGGGUGCUCACAACCUAACAGUAUCCAUCUUGCUGCGGUUCUCGUUCUCAGGUUUGCUUUCAGAAAUGUAUUCUUUUCAUUGAGACUCAGCAAGAAGAAAAGAUUUAGUUUCAACUUACAUCCUGUUGUAUAUUUGUAUUCAAACUUAUUAUUGUACGCGCACCCAUUCUUUUAGCACAGCACCUAUUA